AUGGAGUCUCAACCUGUAGAAGAUAUCAUCGAGGAGAGCUUUCGCAAGUUCGGCCAAAUCCCCCCAGACGUCCACCUCCUUUGCACGAAAACCCACGAGGACGACUACGAGGACUACGAUGAUUUAGAAUCACCUGGCGAAGAAAUCACGGCCCUUCAGAAGAAGGAGAGAGUUGAGGCAUGGAAAAAUCGACUCGACAUCGCCUACUGGACCAGUCUUCUCCUGGCAUACGGAAAAGACAAGGCUGGCGUAUGGCUGGUAGAAUGGGGCAACCGAAUGGCCAUCAACCUUCACAACUGCGACAAGUGCGUCAUGAACUGGCACAUGCAUCGAAAGAAGUACCUGCAAAUCUUUGCCGAGAAAUGGCCAGAAGAAGCCGUGGCCGGAAUCGAGAACUGCCUUCACAGAUUUGACUUCGAUCGCAUCGACAAAGGCCUUGAGUGGGCGACAAAAAUCAUCGAGGAGGUGGAAAGUAGCGGCCGCGCAUUCUCGAGAUCAGACCUGGGAGAAGAUCAGGGCGCCGUUCUUCUCACCGUUUACGAGGCUCUCUGCUGUAUGGCCUACGUCAGUGUGCCCGAAAAGCGAAAGCUCUUCCAAUACGUCUUCGUCCGGCUUUCAGGCAAGAAGCCUUUGAAGCUGGGCAACAACGUGCUGCUUCCCGCCAUGACACAAUUUCUGUUCGGCGAGGACAAGACGCGCUUGACAUUUGCUGAGAAGUCUUGGGAGCGAAUCCGACCAAAAUCAUUGACCCAGGAGCAGUUUGAGUGGGCUGUGCAUGACAGCUUAGCGGAGGCAAUCCAAGCCACCGCACAGCUGCACCCCCGAGAUCCCGCCAAUCUCCCAGAAAUAGAGAGGUUUUGGAGAGCGAUCAACUGGAUUCUCAAGCCUUUGGAUGAAAAGCUUGUUCUCCAUGGCAUUCGUGGAAUGGAGGUCAAGCCUAGCCUCUACGAUUUGCUAUUCUCGCAUAUGUGCUGCGAGUCGGAAGGUAUCUUGCUGAUGAUCAUUCAGGCGCUGACGGCCCUGCUACAAACGUCUCGACAGGCCUUCUGGGACACUAUUGGUGACGCGCGUCCCUUCGUCGUCGUCGAGCAGGUCUUCUCCGCAAACUUGUUCAAGCAACUCCUCGCUCAGUCGCUCAUCUUCGCCAUUCAAUCCACCGACAGCACUGGUCAGGAAGAAGCCGAGUCGGUGACCACUUCGUGGAUCGACACAUGGAUUCAAUCCCUCAACCGCAACCAAAAAAGCGACGCCUGUGGGCAGCUGCUUCAUCUUCUCUUCGAGCAAGUAAUACUCGACGCCAGCAUCGGAGAACAGGGUAAAGCUGCUUGUAUUCGAGCCGGCUUGGAUGCCCUCGAUCACGUUUUGCGCUCAUUUUUGGACGCCUCAGUGAACGUCAUAUCGGGCACAACAUCUGUUUACAUCAACUCUAUCCUUAACGUCACUAUCACAUACAAGGACGUCAUCAAGGAUGCGGCGUGGACGACAAGUCAAGACCAGCACACUCUCAACGUGCCCAAAGCUGCGAUGAGCGUCAUCAGUGCUGCGUUGGCUUUGGACUCCCGGGUUACUGCGGAAGAGCAUCUUGAACUCCGUAAGAACGAACAUGCAGCUAUCCAGACCGCCGUCACACGCGAUUCAGCCGCCCUUUGGGAUGGAUUUUUGGAGGAUCUCUACAGUGGUCAAUCUGCGUUGGCCAAGACCAUGCUGGUCGCGAUGGCUCCGCUCAUCAACGUCGAAAAGUUUCGCCCGCCUCGGAAAGAGCCAGACAAGCUUGACAAGGCAAGAAAGGACUUCAACAUCAGAUUCUCCAAAGUUGCGGAGGCACUCGGACGAGUCAUGCAACGUCUUUGCGAGUUCACCGUACCGGAGCUCGACAAGCUUUGUCUCGGUGGUCAAGCGAUCCGGCCCAUCAUCGCUUUCACGGUUCAUGGCGACGACGACAUCAGCAGCGCAAGCUCUGAGCUUAUCAAGACAAUUACGGAAACGUCGUCUCGAUCUGAUGCGUUGGCAGCACUACUGGAACGCUACCUCAGCACCACUUGCGGUUCGAUGGUCUUCGCGACUCGGAAGAUAAUGGAGCCAUCAAACCUGGCUUGGGGACCCGCACGUCACAUCAUCAACACCGCCAAGGAUGUUCUCAAGGGCCUCAGUGACCUGUCAUCUGGUAUUCUGAGAUCCAAAACUCUGGACCAAGGUGAAUCAAAUGCCGUCUCGCUGUGGUGGGUAGUUCACUGGAAGUACAUUGAGUUGGCCUUCUCAUCCACCGCAGCCUGGUCUCAUCAAGUUGAGAUUCAGGUGAUGCAAGACUUCUGCCGAGACGUCAUCGAACUUGCGGACGCUAUGCUGGCCCAAGACGGGCUCUUUGCUUCGGCACUGCGCGAACAACAGGCAAGCAACGAACUGACCAAAAUGCAACUGCUUCUCAAAGAGCCACAGCGCCAUUUGAAAGGCAUUGUCAGGAUGCUGCGGCUGAGAGAUAUGUAUUUGGUCGAGGUGACUGUCAAGGUGGUCACCAAAUUACUCAACAGACUUCGUGAGAACGACCUCGAAAUCCCGGCUGAGCCCAAGGCCUUCGUUCUAGACUCCUGCGUCAAGGCCCCAAACGGCAAAUAUCCUAUCAGCACAAACUUAAGCGAUCAGCAACGAGCGGAGCUUCUCAAGGCUUUGGGAGAAGAUGAUGAUGUUGAGAUCAUCCAGAUCAACCCCCUUACGAAAACCGAAAAGCCGAAGAAGCAGAGUUCCCUUGACGCAUGGUCCAAGUCGGGCAGCUUUACACCCUCAAUAAGUCGAAGCAACAGAGAUGACGUUCUUGAGCUCACCAGUUCGGUCGACAAGAAACGGUCGAUCCUGGACCAGAUGCGCCAGAAGGCCACUUCAUCGACCGUCCCUAAGCCAUCGCUGACGGCACUGAAGCCGCGACCCGAUUCCGCGUCCUCCCAGGCAUCAAAGAAUGCACUCAUUGAGUCCAGAAAGAAGGCCAAGGCGGAAAAGGCCAAGAGAGAUGCCGAGCAGGUAGCCAGGGCAAAGGCUCUCAGAACUGUGGCCGGUGAAGGUUCGGGAUUGAAGGGUCUCACGGGCGUCGUCGGUAAAGAGCACGCGCCACAAAAGAGUCAGAUCAUGGUCGACAGCGACGAGGAUGACGAAGAUGACUCCGAAGACGAGGACCUCGACAGGCUCACCAGCAAAGCCGAGAACGGUAAGAAGGCUGUUGAUGAGGCCACGAGACGUCGCGAGCGUGCAUUACUCGAAAAGACGCGCGGCCCCGUGAAGAAGGUGAAGGUGCAACGUUCCGCCAAAGACAUGCGUGCUCGUUUGAUUCCGCCAAUGGACCAGCUUCAUCAGGCCAUCUUGGAGUGGGACAUCUUCCACGAUGGUAAUGAUCCUCCGUCGACCUCAGCAAGCAUCGCCUGCACGAAGGUCGCCGACUCGUAUGCCCAUCCGCAGGAGUACAAGCAAACCUUCCUGGGUCUUUUGAUCUCCGAAGCCUGGAGAUCUUUCGUGACUUCAAAAGAUGAGACGACUUCAAGGAGUUAUGGACUCAAGAUUGCGUCUCGCAUGAACGUUGACAAAUUUCUCGAAGUGACAGCAAGCCUUCCCAUCGCAGAGAACAAGGAAAGGAUGUUGUCCGAGGGUGACAUCAUCCUGCUCUCAAAGGGAAAUAACCCUCUGGCCGAUAGCUCUGAGCCUCAUGCCCUGGCAAGAAUCUGGAAAACCAGCUACAAGAAAGACAGGCUGGAAGUGACGUAUCGCCUGAAUAACAGGAACAACCCCUUGGUGGCGGCACGUGCUCUCGACACUGGCUGCGAAUUGCAAGCCGUCAGAAUCACCAACAUGACGACGAUUGAAAGGGAGUACGCUGCACUCGAGAGUCUGCAGUAUUAUGACCUCAUGCUCGAGGUUCUGAAGGCAGAACCUUCUCCCGUCUUGACUUACGGCGACGAGGCAGUCAACGGCGUCAUGCAGAACUAUCAGCUUAACCCUGGUCAAGCCAAAGCUAUUCUCGGUGCUAGGGACAACGACGGCUUUACGCUCAUUCAAGGACCCCCGGGAACGGGUAAAACGAAGACAAUUGUGGCCAUGGUCGGUUCAUUACUCACGGGCAACAUCCAACCUCCGGGAGCCGCCAUCAAGCCGAAAAUUCCCCAAGCCGGCCAGAACGCUAUGCCAAAGAAGCUUCUGGUAUGUGCGCCCAGUAACGCCGCCGUCGAUGAACUCGUUUUGCGUUUGAAGCAAGGCGUCAAGACGAUGACGGGAUCGUUCCACAAAAUCAACGUUCUCCGUUUGGGAAGGAGCGACGCCAUCAAUGCCGCCGUCCGUGACGUGACUCUUGACGAGCUGGUCAAGAAGCGACUGGAAGGCGACAACAGUGGGAGCAAAGCCAAGGAGGAACGUGACAAGAUGCACGGCGACGCAGCCAAGAUUCGCGACGAACUCGCAGAUCUCCGACCCAAACUGGACGAGGCUCGCGCAAACAAUGAUCGGACUACCGCGCAAACCCUGCAGAGGGCGGUUGAUCAUUUGAGACGCGCCCAAAUCAACAUUGGUGCGAAAAUCGAUGAGGAUAAGGCAAGCGGCAACACGGCGACUCGCGAGGCCGAAAUCCGUCGUCGUCAAGUUCAACAAGAGAUUCUGGACGGAGCUCAGGUCCUUUGCGCUACGCUCAGCGGUAGUGGCCACGAAAUGUUCAAGAACUUGAAUGUCGAAUUCGAGACCGUCAUUAUCGACGAGGCAGCGCAAUGCGUGGAACUCAGCGCCUUGAUCCCGCUCAAGUAUGGCUGUACCAAAUGCAUUCUGGUCGGUGAUCCCAAGCAACUGCCUCCCACGGUGCUCUCUCAAUCCGCCGCAAGGUUUGGAUACGACCAGAGUCUAUUCGUGCGUAUGCAGCGCAACCACCCGGAGUACAUUCAUUUGCUCGACCGCCAGUACCGUAUGCACCCGGAAAUCAGCUUAUUCCCCAGUCAAGAAUUCUACGAGGGCAAGCUGGUCGACGGAGACGAUAUGGCCGAUCUCCGCCGCCAGCCUUGGCACAACAGUGCUCUUCUUGGCCCUUACCGCUUCUUCGACGUUGAGGGUUCCCAAGAGAAGGGCAACAAGGGUCGCUCUUUGGUCAACCACGCGGAACUGAAGGUUGCCAUGCAACUGUACGAAAGAUUCCGAGCCGACUUUGGAAGGCAGACCGAAGUGCGCGGCAAGAUCGGUAUCAUUACGCCCUACAAAGCCCAGCUUCAGGAGCUUCGAUUCCAAUUUAACCGACAAUACGGAGAAGGCAUCACCGACGACAUCGAGUUCAACACAACUGAUGCCUUCCAGGGCAGAGAGUGUGAAAUUAUCAUCUUCUCUUGCGUUCGUGCCAGUCCUACUGGUGGCAUCGGUUUCAUGCAAGACAUCAGGCGUAUGAACGUCGGCCUGACGCGUGCCAAGUCGUCGCUGUGGAUUCUGGGAGACUCGAGAGCACUCGUUCAGGGAGAGUUCUGGAACAAGCUCAUCGAAAAUGCGCGACACAGAGAUCUAUACACCAAGGGCGACAUCAUGUCGAUGCUCCGUAAACCCAGUUCGAUGCACGCACUGCCUCCGCCGUCAAAGCCUGCACCGCCGAGCAACCCACCUGCUGCUGUGCCUGCCCAGAAGCUUCCGCAGCCUCCCAGCAAGGAUAUCAACAUGACGGACGCGCUGCCUUCCCGAAAGUCACCACCGAGACCACAACAAUCGUCGACCAACUACAACGAACGCCGCCCGCAGGCCACCGUCUCUCGAAGCUCAGACCGUCCGCCCGUGAUUCAAUCAUCGACACCAAAGCAGGAGUCCAAGAAAAGGCCGUCCGAUGCAAAUGAUCCUGCACGGGGACCAAAGAGGAUCACGACGGAGCAGAAUCGACCUUCGAACAACCGACCGCCGCCAACGGGGCCGAAGGCGAUGAACAAUGCGCCGAAGGAGCCGAAGCAGGCGAAGGACCCGUCUGCCAUGGUAGCCCUCGGUCUGACACCAGCCGCACGACCGCCGGCGGAGAUGCCGUCGACUUCGAGGACUUCUUCUUCGAGUCCAGCCAUGGCGCCUAACCGUAAUUUGCCACCGAGACCUCCUGGUGCAAACGGACCAGUCAUUCACAGGAAGAAGCCAAAGGCAGAUCCUUUCAUUCAGAGAAAGCCUCCCAGAAGAUAG